AUGAUAUUACAAACAGCACGAGAAUUAGAAUUGUGGCACCGGUUCUGGACUUUAAAGGAUGAAGAAGACACUAACCUCGACUUCGUGUCCGUUUUAGCUAAGACCGAAUUUUACAAAGCAAUUAAGAAGGCAAUAAUGGUUUGCUUAGCACUCUCGUGCACAACUGCUUCCACUAAGAGGACGUUCAGCACCCUUAGGAGAGUGAAAACCUGGUUGAAGUCCACAAUGGCCCAUGAAGGAUUAAGUGGACUGUGCUUGAUCAGUCUACACAGAAAACUAGUAUCGAACGACCAAAACUUCAAGGAAAGGCUUUAAAAAAAUUCGCUGAAAAGAAAACAAGA